CCAAUAAUAAGCUUAAACUUGUCAAAUAAUAACGUAACCUGAAAUUUGUUGCUGAAUUACGUGUAAAUCUGUUUAAAAUGUUUACCUUUUUCUUAUUUACGAUAUUAGCAAUAACCGUACCUUCUAUCAAAUCGGAAUUGUCCACUGAUGAUUGUUGGUCUUUGGGUAUCAAUAAAGCAAAUUUGUUAUGUUCAUCCUGUGAUCAACUGCCAAAGUUCAAUUUGGAAUUCUUAAAGGAUCAUUGCAAAGAAUGUUGUCAUGCAGAUGAUGCAAGCAAUGCAGACAAAGUUUAUGCCAAAGCAAUUCUGGAGGUGUGCACCUGCAAGUUUGGAGCUUACCCCCAAAUCCAAGCCUUCAUCAAGAGUGAUAAGCCUGCUAAAUUCAGUAACCUGCAGAUCAAGUAUGUGAGAGGUUUAGACCCAAUAAUCAAAUUAUUCGAUAAGGAUGGACAUCUUAAGGAGACAGUGGCAAUUGAGAAGUGGAACACUGAUUCUGUUGAGGAAUUCCUUAACACCCAUUUACAAAACAACGAAGAGCAUGAUUAUUUAAGAACAAAUAUGAUUUAGAAGUAUUUAUUAAAAUUAUUUUAACGUCACAA